AUCCCUCAGUGUUUCUCAGUGUCCUGCUGCAUAGGACAACUGUGACCCCACAUAGAAAACCCAUUCAAGUGUUAAACUUCACUACAGCUUUGGAGAAAUGGCUGCAGUGGACAAGGAUGUGGCUGAGAAGUUUUUGGACAGUAAUCCAAUGUUUGCCAAGCAAUACUAUGACUCCAGGUUCCGGGCGAAGGUCGUCUCUGACCUUCUUUCGACCACUAAGCAAACCGCAGUGGACAUCAGUUCUCACCAUGAACUGAGCUCUAUGGAGGAGUGUGAGAUUAUUUUUGACAUGGUGCGGGACAUGCAGGAGAACCUGCAUAUGGAGAGGGCCGUGUUUAACCUCAUGCGGCAUCUGAGCUUUAUGAUCCGGGCAGAUCGCAUGAGUCUCUUCAUGUACCGCCAGAGGAAUGGAAUAGCCGAACUGGCCACACGAAUCUUCAAUGUCCAUAAAGACGCUACCCUGGAGGAAUGUCUGGUGCCACCAGACAGCGAGAUUGUGUACCCGCUGGACACAGGCAUUGUAGGACAUGUGGCCACUGCUAAGAAGACUGUCAACGUACCUGAUGUCACAAAGGACAGCCAUUUCAGUGACUUUGUGGACAACUUGACAGAGUACGAGACCAAGAAUGUGCUUGCGACCCCUAUCAUGAAUGGCAAGGACAUGGUGGCUGUCAUGAUGGCAGUCAACAAGAUCGGGGCUCCUCAUUUCACUGCUCAGGAUGAAGAGACACUGAAGAAAUAUCUCAACUUUGCUAAUCUUGUGCUCCGAGUGUUUCACCUGAGCUACCUGCACAACUGUGAAACCAGAAGAGGACAAGUAUUGCUCUGGUCUGCCAGCAAAGUGUUUGAAGAGCUGACUGACAUUGAGAGACAGUUCCACAAGGCUCUUUAUACAGUCCGAGCUUUUCUCAACUGUGACCGCUACUCUGUUGGCCUUCUCGACAUGACCAAAACUAAAGAGUUCUUUGACCUUUGGCCCGUACUGAUGGGAGAAGUACCUCCAUAUAGCGGACCAAAGACCCCUGAUGGCAGAGAAGUGAUAUUCUACAAAGUGAUUGAUUACAUAUUGCAUGGAAAGGAGGACAUCAAAGUCAUUCCUAACCCUCCUGCUGACCACUGGGCUUUAGUAAGUGGGCUUCCCACCUACGUUGCAGAGAAUGGCCUGAUCUGUAAUAUCAUGAAUGCUGCUCAAGACGAAUUCUUCGAAUUUCAAAAAGAACCUCUGGAUGAAUCUGGAUGGAUGAUAAAGAAUGUGCUCUCCUUGCCUAUCGUGAACAAGAAAGAGGAAAUCGUUGGCGUGGCCACGUUCUAUAACAGGAAAGAUGGAAAGCCUUUCGAUGAAAUGGACGAAACGCUAAUGGAGUCUCUCACUCAGUUCCUGGGAUGGUCAGUGCUGAAUACAGACACAUACGAUAAGAUGAACAAGCUAGAAAAUCGUAAGGACAUCUUUCAGGACAUGGUCAUGUACCACGUCAAAUGCAGGAAGGAUGAGAUUCAGAAUAUCUUGAACACACGUGAGAUGUAUGAUAAAGAGCCUGACGAAUGUGAAGAGGACGAGCUGGAAGAUAUUCUGAAUGAAGUGCUGCCAGACUCUGAAGAAUCUGAGAUCUUUGAGUUUCACUUCUGUGACUUUGAAUUCAGUGAACUGGACCUCGUGAAGUGUGGCAUCAAGAUGUACUAUGAGCUGGGAGUGGUAGACAAGUUCCAUAUUCCACGGGAGACUCUGGUGCGUUUUGUGUAUUCUGUCAGCAAAGGCUACAGGAAGAUUACCUACCACAACUGGAGGCAUGGCUUCAACGUUGGCCAGACCAUGUUUACACUGCUUAUGACAGGUGACCUGAAGCGUUACUAUACGGACCUGGAGGCGAUGGCGAUGGUGACCGCUGGACUCUGUCAUGAUAUUGACCACCGUGGCACUAACAACCUCUACCAGAUGAAAUCUGGGAAUCCACUAGCAAAGCUGCAUGGUUCCUCCAUUCUCGAGAGGCACCAUCUGGAAUUUGGAAAAACUCUGCUUAGAGACGAGGCCUUAAAUAUCUACCAGAAUCUGAACAGAAGACAGCACGAAACCGUCAUCCAUUUGAUGGACAUUGCUAUCAUCGCAACAGACUUGGCCUUGUAUUUCAAGAAAAGGACCAUGUUUCAGAAGAUUGUGGAUCAGUCUAAGACCUACGACAGCUGGGACAGUUGGACCAAAUACAUGAUGUUGGAAACCACUCGGAAAGAGAUUGUCAUGGCUAUGAUGAUGACUGCCUGUGAUUUGUCAGCCAUCGCCAAGCCAUGGGAGAUUCAGAGCAAGGUGGCGCUGUCUGUUGCUGCUGAAUUCUGGGAACAGGGUGACCUGGAGAGGACAGUGCUGGAGCAGCAGCCCAUUCCCAUGAUGGACCGGAACAAGGCGGAGGAACUUCCCAAACUGCAGUGUGGUUUUAUUGAUUUCGUCUGUUCUUUCGUUUACAAGGAGUUUUCUCGCUUCCAUGUGGAGAUCACACCAAUGCUGGAGCGUCUGCUGAACAACAGAAAAGAAUGGAACGCACUGAAGGAAAUACAUGAGGCCAAAGUAGCCAAGCUGGAUGAGGCCAAAAAGGCUAAAGAAGAAGCACAUGCUAACUCAGAUCAUAAACAAGGAAACUCUGUCCAACCCGCAGCUCAGUCCAAGACCUGUGUCAUUUCCUAGACGUCAAGCAGCACAAAAACACAUCGUAAGAAUGUACGACAGUGUACCCAUAAUUUGGACCGCUUUUAUUAUUUCUCUCAGCAGGAUGUCCUGUUAAAUCGUUUUGUACUAGUCUUGAGCUUGUAAGUAAAGACAUCCCUUUAGUGUUAGAAACAAACUAUUACAAUGUCUCUUUGACUUUUACAACAAUAGCCAUGACUGUCAAUAGAAAGGUAUUUUUAAAGCAUUUAAGUACUUUAUGGCUGAAACUGUACAGACUAGAGCAUUCUUACGAAAUAAAACAUACAUGGGAGUAUAUUGUGAAUACAUUUGCUAAUUCUAUAUUGUAUUUUUCCAUUAAUAUUUAUAUGUAGAAAUCUAAAAAUAAACUGAAAAACUGCUAAGCAUA